AUGCUUUAUCAGUACAACAAGACGGUGGUCCAGCACAGACGCACCCCGUACCCGCCGUGGGGCAGCAGCGUGGACGCUCACGUGGUGGAUGGGCGCUCGAUGACCGUGGUCCUGAUGAAAUCGCGGGAGGAGCAAAUGGCCGAGGGCACCGUGGACAUCAUGGUCCUCGUCAAGCGCUGUGUCGGCCAGAACGGCAGCACUGAAUUCUGGGUAGACCUGCUGCCCUCGGUGACAGUCCUGCUCCGCCUCGAAAUCUUCACAGAGCAGCGGGACACGUCCGCGUGACUGGA